AUGACGGUUAAUCAUAUUAUUUUAUGUUCAGAUAAAAGAGGUAUAAUUAUUACAUAUCCUUUAUUUCCUGAAGGUGGGUAUAAUUAUAAUUCUAUUCCUCAUAUCUGUUUUGGUGAUUGUCCAGGAAAAUAUAAUUAUUUUACUGUACCUUGUUUUUCAAUUAACCCACCACUCUAUGGAAUUGCAUGGUUUAAUAAAUAUAACUACUCUCAAUACCUUCCAGGACCAGAAAAUCCAAGGGAAGAUGAACAAAUAGCAUUAUGCAUGAUCACUUCAUCUCCUUAUCUUCAUUUAUUUCUUCAACGAUUCAAACCAUUAGCUGAUUUAUAUUUCAUUCAAAAUUUAUUUAUUAAUAACUCAUUAAUUCAAGCCAUUUUUAAAACAUUAAAUUGUUCAAUGAAUGAUCCUAUUUAUACACUACCAGAUCCUUGUUCAUUGAUUAAUACUUGUGGUAAAGAUAUCUUAUUAUUAAUUAAAAUGUUGUUAUUAAAAUGUAAAAUUUGUGUAAAUAACAAAGUGAGUUCAGAUAUCAACUCUGAAUGGAUUCUUGCCUUAUUAUCAUUCAUUCCAGGUGCUUUAUUUCCUGCAACAGAUAAACUUAAAUCAAUUGGGUUUGUUACACAAACAAAACAAUCAAUAUUACAUUGUCCUCUUUCAGAACUUGAGUUAAUAGAAAGUGUUGAAGUUUUUGGUGGGACACAUCCAAUUUUCAGAGAAAUGGCUGAAAUAGAUUGUGUUGUUACAGAAAAAGGAGUGACCGUAAAUGGUAAAUAUAAAAAACUGCUUGGACUAACCAAAGCAGAUAAAACCUUUACCCAACAAUUACUUAAUGCAUCUCAUUCUAUGAACUGUUUGUAA